UUUGUAUAUAUCAAGAGAGAAAAGCCUUCAAUUGUUACUUUCAUCCAUCUCUCCAACCAGUCCCUCAAUUGGUCUUGUAUCACUUGGUUAGUUAGAACACUCACCAAGGUAAUCUGCUUUAAAUUGUACAUCUUGUGCUGAAAAGUUUAUACAGUUCCACCUGACACUCAAGAGAUGACAUCUGACAGUACGGAUGUCGAUCUCGAAAGGGUAUACUCUAUCCAGCCUGAUGAAGCGGACCUUAGGACCAUAAACUCGUGUGCAUCAAAAUCUGCUCAAAAUAACGAUGUUGAAGAGUCUGUGGACCCAUACGAGGUGAAGUUUGACGGCUUUGAUGAUAUUGAAAAUACCAAUGCCACAAUGUCCACAUGGCGUAAAUGGUUCAUCGUCAUUAUCAUUGCUACGACGUCUAUAUGUGUGACGAUGAUCUCAUCAGCGUGGGCUUUAGCGUCACAGAAUAUCAUGGAUGCCAUGGAUAUCUCGCGAGAAGUAUCUGUGCUGGGUAUAUCCAUGUACAUCUGGGGACUUGGAUUUGGCCCUCUGUUUCUGUCUCCAAUCAGCGAGUUUUAUGGAAGAAAGAUAACGUUUGUAUUUGGAUUAUCGCUGUGUACAUGCUUUGAGUUUCUAACAGAGUUUUCACCAAACUAUGGAGGCAUGCUGUUUGGAAGGUUCAUGUCAGGGUUUUUUGGUAGUUGCUUCUUAUCUAUUGCUGGUGGUACCGUUACUGACAUAUUCAAGAAGCACGAGAUUGGCGUGCCUAUGUGCAUCUAUUCAUUAGCACCAUUUAUGGGUCCUUCUUUAGGGCCCUUGCUCUCUGGGUUCGUCAACGCGCAUAUCCAUUGGAGAUGGACAUUUCACAUCCUUACGAUUUUCAGUGGAGUAAUGCUUAUGUUUGUCAUCUUCUGUCUUCCGGAGACCUAUGUUCCAAUCUUACUGGUUCGUAAGGCCAAGAGAAUCCGGGAAAAGACAGGCGAUGAUAAGUACUAUGCACCAUUGGAGAAGUUCAGGAAACAUUCCUUGAUCGUCACAUGUCUCCAGGCUCCCAAGAGGCCGCUGUUACUCUUAUUAAGAGACCCAAUGAUGGCAGUCCUGUGCUCCUACACUGGGCUGGCACUUGGUAUCGUCUACCUGUUUUUUGUCGCAUUCCCUUACAUCUUCCGUACAGUCUACGGGUUUGGCAUAUGGCAGCAGGGCUUGACGUUCAUGGGUAUGCUGAUUGGAAUGAUAGUUGGCGGGUCCUUUGCACCAUAUUUCCAGAAAGUGUACAACAGCAGGGUUCACUCGCAUGACGGUGAGGAUAUACCAGAGUUCAGAUUCUACCCUCUGAUGUGUGGUGUUAUUGUCGUCCCCAUGGGACUGUUCAUCAUAGCUUGGACCAGCUACUCCGACCUACAUUGGAUUGCACCCAUAAUCGGCUCAGGGGUAUUCGGCUCAGGUGUUGCGCUCUCAUUCCAAGGUGUCUUUGCCUACACCGGUGAUGCCUACAGGCUGUACGCUGCGAGCGCACUUGCAGGCAAUUCGCUCGUUAGAAGCACCGCCAGUGGGAUCUUCCCGUUGUUCGGAGUCCAGAUGAUGGAAGGCCUAGGCGUCCACUGGGGUGUAUCACUGCUUGCAUUCGUAGCUAUUGCCAUGAUCCCAGCUCCUUUCUACUUCUACAGAGACGGCGCAAGACUUCGAGCACGCAGUCCGUAUGCGUGGAACACAGAUUAGACUUUGAUAUACGUCUCCAUUACGUAAUAUAUUACAUAAUGCAUUACAUAACUAAUUACAUAAUCAUCAACCCACUUUUU